CAUAUAAAUCGGUAAAAUGAUGUGCAUAGUGAUAUGAAAAAUCUUGUAGUAAAAAUAAAGGAGUUACUGGUAAACGACAAUUGUGAUUAUUCAAGACACUGCUGCAUAAAACUGUUAUUCACAAUUGUUACCGCGACUGACAAUUUAAAUCAAAAUACUUUGGUAGAGUGCCUUAUGGUGAAUAAUUUGUUCGAUUCCUUUAAAAAACUGUUAAGUGACCCUACUGCGAGGCAGGAAUAUGGUCGUGAUAUUGUUGUCCUACUGACACUCUUGGUCAAUUAUCGUAAAAAUGAAGGCGCAAAUCCGUAUGUAGUUCAGCUGUCAUUAUUAGAUGAAGAAUUGGCAUUGCAUGGAUUCGGUCAAAUAAUUUCCGCAUCUCUGUUCGAAUUCAUAAGACAACCGACAAUCAACAACAUUCCUGGUCAAGCUAAUUCUUGGAUAACGUCUAUUUCAUCAAUGGUAGGAAAUAUGUUUUUAUCCGAUGAAACAGAUGAGCGAAUGCAUCACAUAAGACAAAACAUUGCUCUUUUGCUGGCGUUGUAUGAGGCAGUACACUUAAACAGAAAUUUUAUCACAACACUAGCUACUACACAAGCAGAAUCUAGCUCACCUCCGUCUCCAUCAAGCACUUUAAGCGGACAUCACACAACGAAAGAAUUGGCGACUGCUCCGUUGAUGGACAUAACGCAUUAUCCUACUAAUCUGCUUGUUGCUGUUUUUCAAUAUUGUUCUGUGGCAAUGAUGGACCAUAAAAAUGAAUCAAGUUUUUAUAACUUAAAACUUUGUUUCAUCAUCCUAACUUGUAUAUCAGAAGACCAGUAUGCAAACUCAAUGAUGCAUGAUUCUAAUUUGGCCUUUAAAGUGCAUUUGCAGCGAACACAUAUGCGUCAUAGGAAAUUGAUCUCGGACCGAAUUUUAAAACCCCAACCCUUAGCAGCAACAUUAUUAGUCAAGCCUAGUGAAAACUCCAUCGCCGCUGUUGACGCACAGUGGGGCGUUGACCACAAUCGAAUUUCCCAAAUCCUUGCACAUGGCAUUUCUGAUGCAACAACUGGACGCCCGACAUUCCUGACGCAGCAAGUGAACGACCGGCAUCCAGAACGACUCCAGCAUAGCAACACGGCGACAUCGACAACUCCACCAACGGACGUUGUACCCCUGAUACCCCUGACGCAGCAGAACCGAGCUGGUAGCAGCAACGACGACAACGACAGCAGCGACGGCAGCAGAGCGGAGCCAACAAUCCUUACGCAGCAGUAA